AUGACCAUUCUCUCCUCCAACCACACACCACACACUCCCUCCAGCAAAAAGAAAACUUCUCUUCAACAACCAGGGAUGUUAUUGAAGGAAAAGUCAAACAAUACCAAUAGUAGUAGUAGUACUCCCAUCAACACAGCUACCACCACAACAAUAACAAAUAACUCUCCCAAUCAUCCCAGAAACAAGACCACCACAAUGACCACUCCGAGCCAUCAUUCCAUUCAAUAUCAAAUUGGAGGAUCUUUCAAUUCACGUCCUCUUCUGUUGGAUGAUGAAAACAUCUUUUGUGUUCCACUCUCACAGAAUAUUGCUGUCUAUUCAAAUAGCACUGGUAAACACAUUCAUACCAUUACAUUCCAUAAAAAGAAAGUAACACAAAUUAUUAGAGAUCAUUCUGACAGCAAUGAUUGUUCAUUAUUCAGUGUCUCUGAAGAUGGAUAUUUGUGUCAUUGGAAUAUCAUGGUUGAAAAAAAUCAAUCUCAAUUACUAAAACAAGUGAAUAUUGGAAAACCAAUUUAUGGAAUUCAACAAGACAAGUCAAAUGCUCAAAUUUUAUAUUUGUGUGUGUUGGACCAUUUUUAUAGUUUUAUCAAAUUGAAUAUUCAUCAAGGGGUUCUUACACAAGAAAAACCAUCAUUACACCUCGAGGGUCAUACUUUUAUGACAUCUACAACUAGUUCUGUGACUCCUUCUUCCAUGACAUCUUCCUAUCUCUUACAAAUGUAUCAAUUCACACAAAUGAACAUUUCAAAGACUCAUUUGUUUGCUAUUGGUGGUGUUGAUCUCUAUAUUUACAAUUUAAAGAAACAAGAAUUAGAAACAACACAAACCAAUGAAGGAAUUCCUUUAACAGCAAUGGCAUUUUGUGAAGAAAAUGAAAUUCUUGCAACAGCAGAUGCACGUGGUGUCAUUUCAUUGUGGUUUUCAGAUGGAACAAGAUCUUCUCAUCACUGGCAUCCAUCUAUUGUUACAUGUUUACAAUUUAGUGAAGAAGGUGAUUAUUUAUAUUCGAGUGGUGUGGAAGGAGUGGUGGUGUGUUGGAGAUUACCAUCACAAAAGAAGGAUAAAUUUCUAGUGACUGAUACAGCCAUUCAACAAUUUACAUUGAGUUCCUCACAAGAUGUCAUUCUCGUAUUAGGAAAAGAUAACAUUAUUCGAAAAUAUGAAUUUGCUAGAUUCUCUCUUCUCUAUAGAAUAUUUGGUAUGAAUACAAAUUUAGAUCAAAAACAAGUCGAUCAAAUUCAAGUCACUUUAGAACCUCAUUCUUCAAACAUACUUGUGAGUGGUACUGACUCUCUUCAAUGGUAUAAUAUUAAUGAUGGAAGUGUGAAACAUUAUGAAUGUGUUCAAUUUAGAGAUGUGAAAUAUGAUCCAUCUCGUUUUCAAGAGACUCUUCCUGUAAGAACCAUCAUUGAACACAUUGCCUACAGUUCUGAUGGUCAAUUUAUGGCACAUGUGGAGAGUUUUGGAUCUUACAAACAAAAUUUAAAAUUCUGGCAAUGUUCAGGAAUCAAGUCAUCCAAUAAUAUUCAUUUAAAGCCUCAAUUAGUGACUGUGAUUGACUCCCCUCACCAACAACGGAUGACGCGUUUACUAUUUGUUCCAUCCAAGAAGAAUUCCUUCGUGAACCGCCAAAACCAACCGUAUCAUAACCGCCAAAACCACCACUACAAUAGUAGCUGCUGUUGUUUGACCUCUUCACUGGAUGGUAAAAUUAGAAUUUGGAAAUUAUCCGCCAACACUCAAUUAUUCUCUUGCAGUGCCAUUAUUGAAUACAAGAACUUGAGUGCAACAUCCUUUGAUGUGUCGAGCGAUGGUACCUUAUUAGCAGCAUGUUUUGGGUGUGAAAUUACACUUUGGGAUUUACAAUCAUUGGAAUUAAUUGAAUCAUUUUCAUAUCCCUAUUCAUUAAGUGAUUGUAAAUUUGUCAAUGAUGAUUCCAUUGCUGUGAUCUCUGAUCGAUACAUUUCACUCUUCUCAAUUGCAUUUGAAUCAAAGAAUGUAUGGAGUAUUGAUGCUGGACAUGUAGAAGGAUUAGUUUCAAAUGGUGGUUGUGGUAAAUUUGCCGUCAUUAUGAAUGGAAGUGAUAUUUGUCAAUUUGAUUUGAAGAGUACAAAAGAUGCAACAACUCUUCCUCCCUUGAGGAUGCAUCUCGAGACAGAUCACUUUGUGAAUGCCUUAUUCUACUACAAGAAGAAGAGUGAUUCAAUCAACCAACAAGAUCAUGACAACCAUGAGGAGGAGGAGGAUGAAUUGUAUUUUUUGAAUAAGCAAUUCGAAGUGUAUCGAGUGGUCAAAGUAGAAGAAGCAGCAGAGGAGUCAUCUGAUGGAGUUAGGAAAGGAGCAUCAUCAUUCUCUUCGACUGCAACCCAUGAUGUCAUGGAUCAAGACACGUCCAUGAGUCGUUGUGAGGAGGAUGAGAAAGAUACUGCUGAUAGUGCAAGUACUACUACUACUUCGAAUUCCUCUUCCAUCUAUGAAAAGAAAUGGCCAUCCAAAGAGAGUUUCAACAAGAUAUCACUCAUGGACAUUCAAAAAGUCAUUACUACUCCAUUCUCUACUGAAAAAGGUAAUAAGACAUGGAAAGAAAUUUUCAGUGCACCUUCGCAUUCACUCAUUUCUAUGAGCAGUUGCUACACCACUUUUAUGAAUAGUUUUGUGUUGAGAGGCUCACAACAACAUUCUGUUGAGCAUAAGAAGAAGAAGAACAACAACAACAACACUGAGAUGACAGAUUCGUCCACGAACUCUAGUUUGGCUCACUAUGCCACAAGUGUUACCACCACUACUACAUCACAGAUACCAUCACUUGCACAACCAUCCUCAACAUCCUCAACAACGAAUGAGAAACAUCAUCAAUUACACCAACACACCACUACUAGUAGUAGUAGCAAUUCCAUGUCCUUACCACAUGAUGAUCAUGUUGAACUUCCUAGUGCUGAUUUAAUUCGUUUCCUCAAAUCCUACGCUGCUACACACAACAAGCAAUAA